CUCCCUCCGCCCUCCCCUCCUCCUGGCGGCGGCGGCGCGCGGCGGACUCGGGGGAACCUGGGAGCCCCCCGCGCCCUCCCCGCGGACGCGGCGGCCGAUCCCCGCCUCCGGCGCGAGGGGCGGCCGCGAUGCGCUUGGCCUGAGGCUGUCCAGCCCGGCCCUGCCUCGCCUCCCGUGACUGUCGCACGACCUCCCUGCGCGCCAGCGUCUUCCUGCGAGUGCCACUGGCGGAAGGGAAGAUGGCUGCACGGGGCUGGCAGGAGGCGCUGGCCCAGCAGGCCGAGGAGGGCUCGGCCCGGCUCCGGGAAAUGCUCUCGGUCGGCCUAGGCUUCCUGCGCACCGAGCUGGGCCUCGACCUGGGACUGGAGCCGAAGCGGUACCCGGGCUGGGUGAUCCUCGUGGGCACGGGCGCGCUCGGGCUGCUGCUGCUCUUGCUGCUCGGCUACGGCUGGGCCGCGGCGUGUGCCGGCGCCCGCAGGAAGCGGAGGAGCCCGCCUCGCAAGCGGGACGAGGCGGCGGCCGCGCCGGCCCCGGCCCCGGCCCCGGCCCCCGACGACCUGGCCUUGCUGAAGCCUCUCCGGAGCGAGGAGCAGAAGAAGAAGAACCGGAAGAAAUUGCCCGAGAAGCCCAAGCCAGAUGGACGAACUGUGGAGGUGACUGAGAAUGAAGUUGUUCGGCCACCCCGAAAUGUCGCAGCCAAGCAACCAGUAGAGGCAGACAAAAAAAAUGAAAAGUCAAAGAAAAAUAAGAAGAAGUCAAAGUCAGAGGCUAAAGCAGUGCAGAACAGUUCACGCCAUGAUGGAAAGGAAGUUGAUGAAGGAGCCUGGGAAACUAAAAUUAGUCACAGAGAGAAACGACAGCAGCGUAAACGUGAUAAGGUGCUGACUGAUUCUGGUUCAUUGGAUUCAACUAUCCCUGGGAUAGAAAAUACCAUCACAGUUAUCACCGAGCAACUUCCAACUGCAUCAUUUCCUGUUGGUUCCAAGAAGAAUAAAGGUGAUUCUCAUCUAAAUAUUCACGUUAGCAACUUUAAGUCUGGAAAAGGAGAUUCUACACUUCAGGUUUCUUCAGGACUGAAUGAAAACCUUACCGUGAAUGGAGGAGGCUGGAAUGAAAAGUCUGUGAAACUCUCCUCGCAGAUGAGUGCAGGGGAGGAGAAGUGGAACUCGGUCCCACCUGCGUCUGCCAGCAAGAGGAAAACCGAGCCAUCCGCUUGGGGUCAAGACACCGGAGAUGCUAACGCAAAUGGAAAAGACUGGGGCAGGAGUUGGAGUGACCGUUCAAUAUUUUCUGGCAUUGAUGGUCUGUCAUCUGCUGAUCCCAGCUCGGAUUGGAAUGCCCCCGCAGAAGAGUGGGGGAAUUGGGUAGAUGAAGAAAGAACAGCACUUCUGAAACCCCAGGAAACAAUUCCUGAGGACCAAAAGGUUUCGGAUGAAGAUAAAGAAAAGGGAGAGGGAGCUCUUCAAGCUGGGAAAUCGAAGAAGAAGAAGAAGAAAAAGAAGAAGCAAGGUGAAGAUAACUCUUUUGCACAGGACACAGAAGACUUGGAAAAAGAGAUUAAAGAAGAGCAUCCAGUGAAUACCUCUAAAGUCCGACCCAAACCAGAGAAAGCAUUUUCUUUGAAGACCAUAAGCACUAGUGAAUCAGCUGAAGUACACGUCAAAAAUAGCCAGCCUAUCAAGACUCUUCCACCUGCUGUUUCUACCGAGCCAUCUGUAAAUUCAUCAAAAAGUGAUGACAAGAGCUCCUCCCAAGUGCCACCGAUGCCACAAGAGACAGAGAAGUCCAAGUCGAACGCGAAGCAGAACAGUGUGCCUCCGUCACAGACCAAGUCUGAAACUAGCUGGGAAUCUCCCAAGCAAAUAAAAAAGAAGAAAAAAGCCAGACGGGAAACGUGAAUAUUUUUUUCCUGAAUUGGACAUGUGUUUGCAAACACUGUCUUGAAGAUUAUGCUGUUUAUGCAAUAAUUUGUGAACAUGUACAGAGUUUUAUAUAAAUUUCAACCAAUUUUUAAAACAAAACUGAACACAGCCACCGUAAAAAUGGAAUCAAAGGAAAGUUAAUUUAUAAACUAAACGGUCAGCAGAACCUACGACAGUUGCUGGACGACGCUUGGGAAAGUCUUUUCAAUUUAAGGAGAGGGAUCCUAAUUUAAGACUCGUGUCCUGGCUUUACAGCAGCGCCCUGUCUACAGCAGAUUGUGCCCUGUCUCCUCUGCAGCUGGGAGAAAAAGGAUUCUGAUUAGAGAGAGGGGUGCCUGCAACGUAGUAGGUAUUUCUUGGAUCUUAUGCACGGACCUUGUACCAUUUGAAUCUGUUUUAUGCUUAAAUCAAAGUGCUUUUGAUCAAACGCAUAAUCGGCCAUAUCUUUGCGUACGUGUUGGCAGCAGUUUGUGUUAAAGGACUCACAAGUGCAAAUAAAGAGUCACUUAGCAUUAGCUGAACUGAGCUGGCCGGCUUAAUUUGCGGUUUUUACAAAGUUCUUGAUUAAAACAUGAAAAAUGCAGUUGACACUUGUGUGGCUUUUGAAGUUAUUUUUGAUAGUCUUUACAUUACUUGAAUUGUUCCAAGUACAGUAUAUUUUAAAUUAAGAAAAGUCAACUGUACGUAUUUGUUUUAUACCUUUUAAGAUUCAGACUCACAAUUAAUACUCUUGUUUUAUGAUUUGAACCCUGUUGGAUAAAAUCCAACCUAGAUACGUUCUUUCCCUGGCAAUUACUUUUUUCCCACUGUCAACUCUUGUUAGUUACUAAUGCUUUUUUGACUUUGAGAAUAAAAUCAUGUGCACACUAGUUGGACAGACCAGACUUGCGGCUUUGGUGGAGAAUGAGGAAUGAGCAUCAGACAGCUUUAAUUGACAUUGUCAAGACCUCCAGUUAUCAGGAAUACAUUUUUUUACUGCCUUAACCUGUAGUGUGUAGAAUAUGCAUCAGUUACCUGAAGGGGAUUCGUGUUUUUAUAAGAAUUUUCAUGUAAUACUGCGAUCAUGGUCAAAUAAGGAACAUUUCCUGCUUGAAACUGUGUUACAAUGAUGUGUGAGAUGUUUCACCGUUUUCAGGCACUGUGUAAUUCUAUCGUAAUAAACUGGCAGGUAUCUUUGUAACUAUAAGUAGUGCAUGUUCAGCCAUGUACACUGUACAUAGCCUUUACCAAACGUGUUUGACAAGGACCAUAAUUAACAUCACAUAGUGAAUUGUGAUCAAAAACAAAAAACAAGCCAUGAUUUAUUUGAUGUGAUUGGCUUAACUGUUUUUAUGUGGCGCCAAGAAUGAACCUGUUUCCACAGCUGUAACCAAUGGUACUGAUAUAUCCGUCCAUGUUGUCUUCAUUGUAUUUGAUUGUGGUUUGAUGGUAUUGGAUUGUCAGACUAGGAAAGCUCAAGGAAACAACAUGGUUUGAAUUUUGCUGAAGACUGGCCUUACUACUGGACAGCGUUCUUAACAAGUAGUUAUUAACUUUUCUACAGGUGUUAACAUCUGUUUCAGGAACAUGGCAGUGUGUUUACAUGUCAGGAGUUUUGUUUAAUUCAGUGAUACUUCUAAGUUGAUUUGUUUAAAUAAAUUCAGCAAAUGGA